CUGUCUGCUUAAUAAAACCUAUUUAUCUUGCAGUUACAGGGAUCCAUUAAGAGGAAGGUAGAAGAUGACGGUUUACCAGCAUCAAAUGCCAUGCCUGAUGUCAUCUUCCCAAGCGAGAGUAAGAGACUUUGUCUUGAUGAUGUCACUCUUUCCAUGGGUCCUGGGACCAAUCCUGUUUCAUGUCCCAACAUGCAAAACUCUCCGUUCUCAGCCAAUCAUGGAACCUCCUCGAUGUCUGGACAUGGAAUGCUGCUUGAAAAUACCCACAUGAAUGGGAGUGGCGUUGGGUCUCCAUUUUCUGUACCGCCUAAUGCUGAGGUUGGGCAGAAGGGGCCCCUUGGGGGGCACUAUAGCGAAAAAGGCAGCAACAUGCAUGCUGUGGACCAGGAACUACAAGAUUUGUUGGAAGAACUGACCAAGAUGCCUGAUCCCUCUCCCAAUGAGUUGGACCUUGAAAAGAUCUUAGGGAGCAAACCUGAAGAGCCCAUUGGGAACCUUGCCCACCCACCAGCAGCCAUGAACAGCACUCCCAAGUCCUCUCCGCAGGCUACACCCUUGGACAACCAUCUACCCAACAAAGACUUUUCUCCUGGAUGCAACCCAAGUGCUGGGUCCCCACAGAUGAGGCCACCAUCAACUGGAGCGACUUACUCAGUUCCAUCUCAAAACAAGGCUGUUGCUUCACCCAUUUCCUCUGCCACACCCAACAAGGGCCAGGCUCAGGCCAUCCACAUGUCUGGGACUAAUUGGCAUGCCCAGCAAUUGAAGCAUUUAGCCAGCAAGCAAGCCCCAGCUUCCAAGCCCCAAGCCCCAAGUUGGCCAACCAUAUCUUCUCAAGGUCUUUCUCCUCCUUACAGGCAAGGAUCUUCUCCACACCACCAGCCAUUCAGUCCCCAAAAUGUCAUGGUCUCUAGCAUGAGUUCUAAUGGCUUGCCAGGAAGCAACAUUCAGAGUCCACAGAACUCCCUGCUUUCGAGCAUCACAUCCAACAGUAAUCCACCUGGAGGUCUGUCUCCUCCUUUUGGGCCAGAGAAGCUUUCCAGUCCAGUCCUCAACCAGCAGUCUUUCAGCCCUCCAAACUCCAUCCUCCCCAACAUUUCAGCCAACAGCAUUAAGAGUUCUCCAAACCCCUUGGGGCCUCCGAAUACUGGACCUUCACCAUACAGGCCAGAGAAACUUUCCAGCCCAGCUUUGCACCAACAACCUUUUAGCCCUCAAAGUACCUUGAUUCCCAACACCACACCUACCAGCAACCCAACCAACAUGCAAAGUUCACUCUACAAGUCAAUGUCAUCCACACAGUCCAAGAAUAUGAACGUAAUCAUGACGCAGUCCUCCAACAGCGUGCAACCAGGGUUGGGGAGUGAAGGGCCCGUUGCCCAAGACCAGUUUUCAUUCAGCAAUACCAAGCCACUCUCCCAUUUCAACUCAGAGCCCACACCUGCCCAGAAGAUGUCACCAAUGGCUUCAAACUCAGGGCAGCAGUCACUCAUGCAUUACCUUCAGCAACAAGCCACAACUUCUCCACAAUCCCAACAAGUCAACAACAGCCAGUUUCUUCAGCAGCAGCAGCAGCUACGGCAAUUGAUGCAGCCUUCUCGGAUGCAGCGGCAUGUCCAGCCAUCUCCAUUGUCCUCGCAAGUGCGGCAGGACCAAGCCCCUGGCAUCGUGGCUCGACUACAGGAGCCAGGAGUUCCCUCCAAUUCAGGCUCGGUGCCCGCCCAGGCUCCACCCUUGGUGAAUGAUUACACCAUGAGGAACCAACUCCUAAAGCAACAGAUUAUGAGACGGCGACAGCAGCAGCAACAGCAGCAGCAACAGCAGCAGCAGCAACUCCAGGAAAAGCAGAGGCAUGGCAUGAUGGGCGUGGCAUCUGAACAAAGGGGUCCCUUUGCGGGCCAGCAGAUGAACCAGUUUCCAGCAGCUUCCCAAUCCAUGCCAACCGACUGCAGUCAGUCCAUGCAGCCCUCUGGCUCCAACCACCGCAUGAUACCUCCUGCCCAAGGGAUCUUGCAGAACACCUUGGCCUCUGGGAUCGGGCCACCCGCUGUGAACCAGAACAGUGGCGCAAUGGUGAUGAUCCCGCAUAACCCCAACAAGCAGCCAGCCAUCUUCCCCCCAAAUUCCGAUUUCAACCUCCCGCUCCGAGCAAGCCAAAACUCGCUGGGCAUGACUUCAGGAUGUCAGACCGUUCACAGCCAUCCUGCAGCUCGGCCAGGCAUGCCUUUGCUCAGCUUCGCCACUGGUGCUUUGGUCACUCAUUCUUCUGCCCAGCAACACCUCAGGCAGCAGGCCAUGACGAGAAUGCCAGCCAUCUAUUCCAACUCCUCCGCUCCGAUGUGGACACCAACAGUAGUUCCGAGGAUGCCAAAUCAAACUCCGAUGGAAGCCGGCAUGCACCAGUUCUCUAAUAAUCCCGUCUUCUCCAAACAGAACAUCAGGUCAAGUAUCCCCAGCCAACCAUUUUCUCACCAAGCUGGGCCUCCUCCCAACCAGAUCGUUCCCGGGGUGCAGGUCAGACAGAUGCAGAAAGUCAAUCUUGGACCUUCUAACCAAAACUUAAUCCCUCUAAAUAAUCAGAACCUGAGACAUGGUUUAACCAGAGGACCUUUGCCAGCUGCCAUGAAUGUCAUGAAAUCAAUACCCCAAGGGGUCUCUGGGUUUAACCAAAUCAACGCUGCUCCAGCUGUUGGGCCGCCCAGUUAUCCAGGCUCAGCUGGGCAGUCGUCCGUAACGUUCAACAGAAUGAACGUUGCUUUGGAGUUGUCACCACAGUACGACUUUGUAACUCAGCAGAACAACGCCAUGUUACCCGGGACGUGCAAUGAAGCUGACUUUAUUGACUCUUUGAUGAAGAACAGCGGCGGCACUGAUGAAGACUGGCUAAAUAAUUUGACAUUGAUAGAUGACAUUUUGGGACAGCACGUUCAGAGUGCUGGACACGUGUGAUUCUAGAGAGGAACGGCAGGAGGUGUAAAUAAUUUGCAGGACCUGAAAUGGAACCCAAACAGCUACAAAAAAAUAACGACGACGUUUUAAAUCUUCUUCUUUCGGAGUCGAAAGAAAGAAUGAUACCCACUUCGCUUGCUUUCCUCCAGGGUUUUUUCAAAUGGCUGUGUACAUAUUUGAAUAUUUUGUAAAUUAUGUUUUCCUAAACAUUAAAUAUGGAAGUAUUUAUACUUCUUUGCUGGACUUUGUAAAUACCUUAUAGACUACUUUUUUUUUUCUUAUAUUAUAGGAAUUACACUUUGUUCUAAAUAUGCAAAUAUUAUGGUUAGUUCCAGUAAUACUGUGUAUUACAGCAUCAAAUAUUUUAUGUUUUUGACAUAAUGUAUGAAUGAGGGGUGCCCUGGAAAACAGAAUAAACGGAAAGAAAAAUUUGCAGUAAUUCCUACCUCCCUACUUCUUCUAGUGCAAAUUGUAUAAGCCUCCGUUUUGAUUGGCCGCCAAAAAGCUUUGCAGAAUAGCUGAUUGGGACAAGCUCCUACAUGAAAUGGAAGAACGCUGUUCUUUUUCCAUCAGGGGUUUCUUCACACAGUGAGUAUCUUCUCACUGCAUUAUUUUAAUGGGGACAGGCAAAUUGGGGGCAGAGGGCGGGCAUUAUGCACACUUGGGACACAAUCCUUUGGGUCUGCGGUGGUCUGUGUGAAAAAGAAACGCGUGGAAUGAGUGUUCUCCCAGAAGAUCAGACUGGCUCCAAAACGAGCUGAUCCUGGAAACUGUAAAAAAAAAAAAAUCAAUUUCACAAAAAGCAAACUUCUGAGGUGGUUCCAUGCUCCCCUGUAGCUUCCCCAGUUUAUCUGUCUCUUAUUUGUGUGCUUUGCAGCUUCCCCUUUAAUUGCUUGGAAACUUUUUAGAGAAGAACCUAUUGAAAUAUUAGGAGCCCCAAGGCGGGAAGUUGGACCCAUCUGAGCACCUGGGGUCUGCCCAGCCCCUCCUUGGAGUACAACCUCAAGCAAUGCCUUUCUGGCGUGAAGAAGCCCCACAGAGGAAGUCUAAAAGCUGGGCAGACCUCUGGAGCCACACCCCAGAUGUUAAUCCUAGGAGUAGCUCCGUCCUCCCCAAAUGCCGCAGCGUCUGUCAAUGGCAGAAAUGCCCGUGUGCUUCUGCAAGGCACCCCAAUGAGAGUAACUAAGCUAUGCCAACGUGGCUACAUGAAGCUGCCCCUGGAGAAAUCAGGUGCUGGUCUUGAGAAAGUGUUAGAAUGCCAAGGCUGUUUUGCAACACGCUCUGUGCCAGGAUGCCCAGCUCUAAAAACAGAGGUCUUUCUGAUUUGCUCACCUCAACCAUGUAUAUUUGUAGAAAACAGAUGCUUUGUUCUUGGUUCUAAAUGAUUUUUUUUUUUUGUAUUCUGUUUUUAAUAUAAGGAUUACCCCCGCCCCCUCUCCCCAGGAUAAAAAUGUCUAUAAAACACAAAAUAGCUUAACUUUGGAUGUUUUUUCUGUCAUGUAUAUUUAAGAGUCUGUUUAUCAAAGAAAUCCAUUGUACUGUACACUUCUUCAAAAAAAUGUUCCUGCUUUGUGUAACCAUAUUUUAAUAGCCACGUCCUCCUCCUCCAUUUGUAAAAUAACAUUCAUGUCAGACACACCAAACUGUUUUUUCCUUCAUACCAUAAUAAACUGCCAGGGAAAAAUUGCACUCA